AUGCAUACUCCAUCUCUCAAUGAUCAUUCAAUGCCAUUUGAACCUAUAAGUGUUCCGUCUAUGGUUCAUACUUUACCAGAGAUUAGUCAGCUUUGUCAUCUGUGCCAUAAAUAUCAAGGUCAACUAUAUCCAUGUCGAAUCUGUGGAAAAGUCUAUCAUCAACAAUGCAUCAAAGAUAUGGGAAAUAUCAAAUCGUAUCAUUCGAUUAAAAAUGCUCUGAAUUUAAUCGGAUGGUCAUGUCCGACAUGUGAAGAUCUUCGGGUGUUACUCUCAACAGCUGAGUCCACAGAAACAAAUGCGUGGAUUCAAUCAUUAGGUCCACAAACGGUAUUCAAUCUAGAUACCUAUAUCCAAACUCGUUUAAAACCUAAUAGAACUAAGCAUAUGAAGGAUAUCUUACAAACAUAUGUGAAUACAAUAGCUGAUAUAUCAACCAAUCGGUUAACCCAAACAGAUUUGUUGCUUCUUGAUGUUAGCCUUAAAAUUGUUCGCACACCACCGAAACUUCUCGUUAAUUCACUGUCAACAUUCGAACUCUAUCGAAUCAGCCAAUUAUUUCUUGCAUUUUCAUCACCUGAUAAACAAUCCAUUACGUACGAUAAAUUUCAACAAAUUUUAAAUAUGUAUCUCAUGACAACAGUCGCAGAACUAAAACCUGACGAACGACAAUCGCAUAUAAGCGCAUUGGGAUAUAAUCUGUUUGGCAAUAUAAUGAAGUACGAUCAAACAUGGAAUCAGUUCGUUCUUGAUGCAACAAUACCAACUUUACUCGGAAGAUAUAAUCAUCGAACGCCAGAUAGUUUUAUUAACCGUAUCGUUUCCAUCAGACGAUCCAUCGCUUCAUCAACUAACGUUUCGAAAGAAUACGAUAGCAGAGAAUCGUUAGAAAUGUUUAUGAAUCGAGUAUUUCAAAACCUAUCACAAGCAACUGGAAAUGAGAAUAUACCAACAAAUGAUUACCAUCGAUCAACGAACGUCAAAACAAAGACAAAUACGAAAUUGCAAUAUUGA